AGCUGCAUCGAUGUCGCGUUGCCCUUGACUCCCUCCAUUUUAAUUGCUGUUUUUAAAAAGUUAUUUUAGUGUAAGUGAGUAAAAUUACUUUGGAAAUAAAUAAACUAAAUGUGACUUGUGUUAUAAACAGUGAAAAUUGUGUGAAACCGAUCCGCAGUGUGUAUUAAAUGUAAAGCGUCACCUGACGGAGCUCAUUGUCGUUUCCCGCCAUUGUAGCUCCAUCCGAACAUUAACUUUAUUAAUAUCAUGUUGUUUUGUGCGUAAAUUGCUAUUUAAGCAGGUACAUAUUACACCUAAGUUAUGUCCUUACACGGAAAUGAUGUUUGUUUGCUAGAAGUGGACGAUUACAACUUGUACGAAGAAGAAGCAUCGGAUCACGCAUUUGCUAGAGAAAAACAACUAAACUCGGGAGGCAAAACAAUGGAGGCCGAGAAGAGGAUCAGGCGAGAGAUUGCUAACAGCAAUGAGCGCAGACGAAUGCAGAGCAUUAAUGCCGGAUUCCAAGCUUUGCGGACACUACUGCCCCGCCACGAGGGAGAGAAACUUAGCAAGGCUGCUAUUUUACAACAGACUGCAGAAUACAUUUACUCUCUGGAGCAAGAGAAAACAAGACUUCUUUCACAAAAUUGCCAGUUGAAGAGGUUGCUGAACCAGCAUGAAGGAGGAGAGAUACCUCUGAAGAAAAGAAAAAAUGAGGCCAUCAUUCCUACAAUUAUUCCCGACUCUACUGAUGAAACCGCCAAUUCUCGGUCACCCGAGCCCGUAGCUGUCAUAACCGUGACAAGCGUCAACCAGAAGAAGGAAGCCGAAGGGAGCGACUUGAGGGCACAACUCGAUAGGGAGAGACGACACCGCCGUUUACUUGAAGAUAGACUGCACGCCUUGGAAGCCCAGAUGUAUCCGGAAACCGUGUGCGAGCUGACACAUCCCGUAAUACAUUACGAGAAGGCCAGCGCCCCGGCGUCGGAAUGCAAGGCGGAGAAGGAGGAGCCCGAGCCGGCGGCGGCGGCGGCGGCGGCGGCGGGCGCGGAGGCGGCGGGCGCGGCGCCGCUGCUGGAGGCGGCCAUCAAGGCGGAGCCGCGCGUGGAGGUGGAGGUGCUGCCCGAGGCGGCGGCGCGCCUCUACCUCCCCAACACCAGCCGCCAGAACCUGGAGACCAUCGUGGAGGCGAUCCGCCACCUGGAGGGCGACCACCUGUUCCGCGAGGAGUGCGGCGACGCGCCGCUGGCGCUCACCAAGAAGGCGGAGCGCCCGCCGCCGCGCCCCGGCGUCAUCGUGGUCAAGCACUCGUGAUUGUGUUGAGAGGACUGGCUUGCUGUGAGCUCCCGACCCUCCUCGAAUAUAGUUUUAACGUUUUAGUUGUUUAGGUGUUCUUUCCAAAGUCGAGUCGCGAUAAGUCUCCCCGCAUCGUCUAAAUUUUUGAUCGAAGCGAUAUGUCAUUGUUAUUACAUAGCUGAUCAUUGUCACUUAACUCAGUGCUGUGCAUAGAUUAGUCCCGAUUGUAAUUAAUUUGUCUUUCAAUACAUUGUUAUAUAUAACAGUCGAUAAAUUUUCAUCAAAUAUUCUGGAUUGAGAAAUCUUGUACUAUAUACGUCUCUGAUUAUAUUCACAGACUUAUAUGAUAGAAAACACUGGAAUAUUAUGGCGUCUCAUUAGAGGUGAAGGACCUAGUCUCGUUACACAAUAUUACUUUAAGAGAGAAGCUAUUACGAUUUUGAUUUUAUUUAUUAUUGUACUCACUACUAAGUUAGUGGGAUUUUUUUUUGUUUUUCAUUAUGCAAAAAGAGGAGAUCGUGUCAGAGAAUCAUCUAGUUUAGGUAUGAAUGUAAUUUAAUCUUGCUUGCGGGAACUGUUUGCAACAUUCCCUGUAUCGGUGAUGUUCCCUGAGGAACACGCGACAUGAAUCAGUAACUUUAGGGUUUCAUUUAGUCUAGUAUUUCACAUCAUAUUUAAUCUUACAGUUUAAGAAAGAUUGAGGAUUGACUGAUUCGAGUAAGGUUUGGUGAAGGUUUGAUCCAAGGUGCCGCGUGCCAAUUUUCUUCACGACGUCGAAUGAAAACGUAUAGGGUAAUUUUAGGGUGGAAUAUCUUGUAAACGAAAUAAGCUAUGUGAUAAUUUGUUUGGAUUGCUAUAUGAAUGGGAAAUUUAAGACGAAAAUAUCUCGUGUGAGCAAUAAAAUGACAAGGGUUGUUUGUUACUUGUGAGACCUAGCAGCAAUAUUAAUUAAAUUGAAAGUUCUAGAUGAAUUUAACACUUUCUAGAUAAAAUGUAUGAUAAUGUGAGGCAUGCGGCUGCGGCGAUGAGGCGUCACUGGGUAACUCGCGCACUGUCCCUCUAUACGGAACCAUUAAUUUAUUAAUCCAGUGUAAUUCUUGUUUUCUCAAAUAUCCAUCGCUCGUUGUUUUAUUUUUGACAUUAUAAAAAUUAGAAGCAAUUGGCAUUACUCUUGCUUAGAAAAACAGAAUAUUUGACCAUUCCACAUUUUUUUUGAAUUAUCUCUACUCUUAGAAGUUAAUCUACAUUAUGAGAUAUAGUUAAUUCAAGCAGAAGUUGUAUAUCUUAUUCAACUUAUUAGUGUAAUUAUGUAUUUCAUUAAAAAUUCUAUUAGCUCAUUACUCAGAUAGGAACUGGUAAAUAGGUACCCGUCGUGAAUAUUAUAAUAUUGUAUGUUAUAAGUGCUCCUGUGUAUCUUGAAAAUUCUUGAAUCUGACUGCCAACCUGGCGAGCAACGUGUCAAAGCUGAUGAUCAGAUCAUCCUAGCUGAGGCGUCGAUAGCUGUGCCACGCGGCGGUUGCUUGUGUGUUGUGCUGGUUUCAAUGAUUUAGGUAAUUAACAGUGAUUUUAUUAUUGUUCGCUUUGAUGUGCUGACUUUUGUUGGAUAUUAACACGCAAUGCUUUUUGUUAAUAACUUCCCGUGUAAGUUUUGAUUGUACCUUAUUUUUAAGUUGGACUCAGCGACAGAGUGGUUCACGAGUUGCAUUGUAACAAUAGAAACAGAAUGGUCCUAUGCGCAUAGGAUUAUGAUUUUAAGACUGAUCAUUUUAUUCAUUAUUAAGUUAUGCUAGGUCCAACCAUCGUAUAGUUAGUGAAAUGUGUAUGUGUGUGUACUAUUUGACUGUAUGUGUGUUUGUAUUUGUUGGUAUUUGUAUCGAGAUAGUGUUAGUCCAGCGUUGUACUGAGAUUUUUGAGAUUAUCAGACAUUUACCAGUGAAACUAAGUUACAUUACCAACGAAUCUCCUACAUUGCUGGACUACCAAUAAAUUAUGACAUAAGUCAACUUUUGAUGCACUUUAUUGUAAAUUCCAGUUUCGUUUUGGGACUUGGGGGAAUGGACUGUAUUUUUACAAACUUUUUUUUUCCUUAAAUACUAAUAAACCGACUCAUGAAAAAAAAUUUUGAAGAAUUUAUAUUUUCGAAAUUUUGGCUGUGUAUUUCUUUUUUGUUUAUGAUUGACUGUUAACUUGAAAGAUUGACUUUGUUAUAAAAAAAGUUUCCAAAAUUACAGUCCACUGAGGAUAGAAUUCGAAUGAAAAGUUUUCCGACCCACUGUUGGGAUGAAGUGAGGAUGACAGUCUGAUAACUCUUGUCUUUGCUUCAUCCAACCGUUUCAAACUUGUCACCAACCCAGAAUGAUUUGAAUCAAAGAUAGUUUCAAGUACACGGUGUGUAUUUGGGAAGGUUUUACAAAUCUAAAGUCUGUCUCAGCUAUGAAUGAAACUUUACAAAAUUUAGUUCUGCGCUCUGUUCCUGAGUCAUAGUUUUAAGAAAUCGUCUGCCUACCGCCUUUUACAAUAUGUCAGUAUAGGUUAAUUCAAUUGUACCAUAACGGACUUGGUUAUAUAUUAGCGUAGUCAAAUAGUAAUAAGAGAUUUUAAGUCAAAGAAGCAAGUUAAAUUGUUUAAAAUGUGUUAUUAUUUAUGUCUUAAAGUAUUAAAAUGGUUAUUUCUUAUUAAUUAGUUUGUAAACGACAUCUGUAUUCUGAAAGGACUAGACAGCUAAUUUAUCAAGCGAGAACCAAUUAAAUUUUCACAUUUAUGGUCGAAUUGAAGAUUUUUUUCAAACAUUAAUAUUUAUGGUAAACCAUAAAAUAAACUUAUUUGAAAUACUAAUUUAAUGAUAGUUAUAUCAUUGUCAAUAUAUAUUAAAAAUGUAUGCAAUUGGUCUGGCAUCAAUAUGUUAAUUAUCCUGAUUCAUAAAUAAAGUUUUAUUGGUUUUACGCCUAACUAAAAAUAAUAUUUCUAUUUUCUACACUCUAUCGUUAUGAAUCAUUUUAUUUUAUUGAUUUACUAACUACAAAUAGGAUUUUAAUAUCAUGGAAAUAAGUCGUAUUUCUUGUUUAUUAUUAAGAAUGGAAACAACAUUUGUACUGCAUUUAUAUUAUUUUGUUCAAGGCUCGUUGAUAUGAGUCUUCGGAUUCUCGAGUCUUAUGCGUUAUGUUAGUGAUAGGGUGUUAGAAUACACGUCUUUUGUGCUAUCGGUUCUGUUAUAACCUCCCAAGGUUUACAAAACAGGCGACAGAUCAUAGAAAGAGAUGUAUUGAACAAUUUCUAUUUCUUAUAUUUAUUCUAGGAUACGGAAUUUGUAAUAGUACUAGCAUAGAGAACGGACACUCAUCCCCUACUAGAUUAAUAGAACUACCUUUUGCACGUAAGGGGUAAAAUUGUAUUAAAUUACAAAAACGUUUGCUUUGCUGUUGGCUGAUAGAGGCGAGGCGUCACGAAAGCAUAGACGCGUAAGCAGACGCCAUUAUAAUAUCAGUCAACGAAAUAACUAUGAAGUGUCCGUGAUUUGAUAGUACUAAAUGUUCCCACCCGUUUAUAUUUUGUGGGAAAUCGUGUUAAAUAACUUGACGUCACCCUAUCUUUAAUGUUAUGUGUUCCUAGUUAUAAUAGAUAGUAAGUAUUAUGCUUUACAAUUUAAGAUAAAGUGUAGAAAAUAAUCCGUAAACAUUUCUUUUUUGAUAUGAAAUUGAUAAGAAUAUUUCGUCUGAUUUUAAUUGUACCACAUUCGACCUAUAUUUACGAAUAUUUA